UUAUUUACUUGCAAUAAAUCGCAAUAAUAACGUAAACUUCGUUUUGUAAAUUUCGUUGUAUAUUUUAAUUAACUAUAUUAAAUCAUGACUAUAUCAUAAUAAUUAUUAGUCAGCCUAAUAAUUAUUAAAUUAACAACUGGUCACAAUGUUAAACUGCUUAGAUCUCGUUCGAAUAGGACUUCUGCGUGCAGAAACGUUUCAAACUGCGGAGAUAACUCGUAGAACACUUAACUUUUCUCUCAGCUCUGUCGCCGUGGUUGAACCCGUCUACACGGGAGCCGUCUUUUCCGUCGACAUUGACGCCACGGGUCGAUACCUCCUUGCUGGAGCUGGAGAUGGGUCAUGGUAUAUUCACGACACUUUUAACCUCACUGGAGAAAUUGACCAUCAGAAGAAAUGUGUGAGCCAGGCACCUCGUCGCGUAGGUCAUACAUCGUCCAUCAACACGGUUGAAUGGUAUCCAGCCGAUAAUGGGCUGUUUGUCACAAGUUCGUCGGACGGAAAUCUUUGUUUGUGGGAUGCGAAUAAUGCGGCAAAGCCAGUUGAUAAAUAUGAUCUGGACGAAGUGAUAAGUAGACAUCAGAUUAAUCCUUGUUCCGGAACAAUGAUUGCAGCUUGUUCGGACGGCGAUGUAAAUUUGAUCGACAUUCGGACUGGAACUGCGAUUCAAAAACUUCCAGAAACAUUAACCCGGAGUAAAGAAGUUUGCUGGAAUCCGGCUAAUCAGUAUGAACUCAUGGUAGGAAGUGAAGAGGGGAGUUUAAUAGAAUGGGAUAUUAGAAGUACGCUCACCUACCGGGGUUACGGACUUUUAGAAGUUAAGGUUGCAAGAAGAGGGGUUCGAACACGCGAUUUUAAAGAACAAGUUGGACUCCUUCAAAAAGCACAUGACGGUCCAAUAUCUUCAAUUCGCUAUAGAAAAGAUGGCAUGGAGUUUUAUUCAUUUGGUGAUGAUGGUUGCAUCCGCAGAUGGUUAUCAGAAACAUCCCCACUGUCAGAACCUUUAGUUUGUACGCUAAAAUAUGGCCGGAAAUCUAAAGGACAUGGGAAUUUCCAAAUCGGAAUCUCUGCGGAUACCGACCCCCCAUUAAUCUUUGCUCCAAAAGGGACUUCAAUUUCAGUCUGUGACAUGAAAACAUGCAAAGUUCAGAAGGAACUUGUCGGUCAUUUUAAAAAUGUGAAUUGCUUCGUAUACGACGACAAAUACCAGCAGGGUUAUAGUGGAGGAAAUGACAGUGCGGUCAUGGUUUGGAGUGGUAAUUUUGUGUCAGAGCAAACAUACCAACAGGAAAAGUUGAAUAGUGCAAUUUCCUCUGGUCGACAUGGGCGACAACGAAGGAGGCCCGCGGCCACAACUUCUGCAAAUCAGCAACUAAUUAAUUUAAUAGAUGAAGAUGAUUUUGAUGAGUAUGAACCUGCAAGUUCAGCCUCAGAUAAUGAAGAUCCAAGUUUAUACUAACAAAUUUAACAAUUAAUUAUAUACAUAUUUUUUAACCAAGGCCAAAGUUUAGGAUAGUUGGAAUUCCGAAUUUAUUUUAAUUUCUAUUGCACUGACAUGAAAUAAAAAAAUAUACUGAAGUACA